CAGUCCAACUCCAAGUAAGAAUCUUAGCUGGAUGCAGCUGCCCUCACUUGCCACCACCACCAACAGACCAUUUCCCAUUUCUAUAACCCCUUUUCACUCUCAAAAUACAACUUUUUCACACUUUCCCUUUCUCUCUCCUCCCUUUCUCUCUCUAGACUGACAAAUUUCACUCACAAAAACACUGGGGACUCUGCAGCAACUCAAUCUCCAAGCUCACCACAAUGCCCACCUUCUUCAUCUUCCUCCUGCUCUUCUUAUCCUCUCCACUCACUGCAUCUCCAAGGCCAAACUAUAGAGUCCUACACCAGCCAUUUCUGCCGCAGGAAUCUUCUUCGCCGGCGCCCACUCAGCCACCAUCUCCAUCCCCGCCUUCCCCUCCUCCCAACCCAACUCCCCCGAAGUAUCCAUUUUCCAGUUCCAAUUCUCCCCCUCCCAAUUCCCCAUUUUUCCCAUCCAACCCUUCCCCUCCGCCUCCCCCUCCCGCCCCAGCCACCGCCUUCGCCUCAUUCCCCGCCAACAUCUCCUCCCUCAUCGUCCCCCAGCCCACCAAAAACUCCAGCUCCCACAAGCUCCUCGGCCUCACUAUCGCCGCCGUGCUCUCCGCCGCCGUCGUGGUGGCCGUAGCCGCAUUCUUCCUCUACCGUCGCAGACGGCACAACAGCCGCAACUUCCCCGACGAGGAUGAGGACGAGAAGUCGUAUCUUAGAUCCGAGCACAGCAACAGGCUGUUACAGGCGCCCAAUCUCGGCCACUCCUACAGUGGGACCCACAAGCUCCGGACCGGCUCCUCCACCAGCUCCGAGUUCCUUUACCUGGGCACAUUGGUCAAUUCACGCUCACUUGAGGAGAGAGUCGACUCGGGCGGGAGUGUUGGUCGAAGCGCCGAAUUAGAAACUCGGAAAGUCGACUCACCGGACCUCCAGCCGCUUCCGCCGCUUUCUCGGCAGAUCUCGAGGCUGAGCCGUUGCAAGAAUGCCGAACUGGGUUCGACUCAGGACCGAGACGAUGAGGAAGAGGAAGAGGAAGAAGAGUUCUAUUCCCCCAGAGGGUCUUCGGGCGAUCGCGAGAGCUCCAACGAAAACGGAUCCGGGUCCAGGAGAAUGUUGGCGGCGGUAGCGGGUGGAGUAUUUGACCGAAGAAGCAGCGAAACCACGUCGUGUUCUUGCUCGUCUUCCGAAUUGGGUUCACCGCCUCGAUCACACUCUAUCAGUCUCUCGCCUCCGGUGACUUUGAGUCCCAACAGAAGACCAGAAGAGCCCAAACUGCCGGAGCCCUCAGCCACGCGUUAUACGACGCCGUUUGGGGACGUCAAUGUACGGUCUCCGUCGUUGACUCCACUAUCUUCGCCGGAGAGAGCUGCUGACGAAUACCCAUCUGCAUCGGACCGAAACGGAAGGUCUCCGUCGAUGUCCUCGUUAUCUUCGUCGCCGGAGAAAGGAUUGGAGAAGACCCCAGAUGCACCGCUGAAAGUUUCGGUAGUUUCGGAUCAAAGUUCGCCGAUUUCUUCACCGGAGAGAGGUUUCGGAAACAACCCACAUGCAUCAUCGAAAGUUUCGGUAGUUACGGAUCAAAGUUCGCUGAUUUCGUCACCGGAGAGACAUUUCGGAAUCCAUCCAGAUGCAUUAUCGAAAGUUUCGGUGGUUUCGGGUCAGAGUUCUCCUAUUUCUUCACCGGAAUUAAAUUUCGGAAACAACACAGAUGGGUUAACGAAAGUUACGGCCUUUCCGGAUCGGAAUGAUCAGUCCCCUUCCCCAUUAUCACAUUGUUCAUCGUCACCGGAGAGAGAAUCAGACGGUUCUGAUUCAAAAGCCAGGUCGUUUUCACCUUCUAUGUCACCACUGAGAGGUUUGGAGAACUCAGCUGCCUCACCAAGAAUUUCAAAUGCUUCGGAUCGAGCAUUUAUUCAUUUGGAUCCCAAAAUGCAGUCUCUUUCAUCAUCUUCAUCGUCUUCGUUGUCAAAUUCGCCGGAGAGAGCGUUUAGUGUUGGUUUAAAGCAGCCUCUUUCGGUUCCUCCGCCGCCACCGCCAAUGCCUCCUUCACUGAGACUCUGGGAGACUCCAAGUCCUAGAACACCAGUUGGCCAAGUGAUCUCUAGGCCUCCAGCUCUCAUACCUCCUUCAAGACCUUUUGUGAUUCAAAACCCGGGAAAGGUCCCUGUUUCGCCGGUGGAGUUGCCACCAAGUUCUACGCCGUUGGAGCCGAUUGAGGAGACUCCGAAACCCAAGUUGAAGCCAUUGCAUUGGGAUAAAGUUAGAGCAAGCUCCGACCGCGAAAUGGUGUGGGAUCAGCUUAGAUCAAGCUCUUUCAAAUUGAAUGAAGAAAUGAUAGAGACAUUGUUUGUUGUAAAAACACCGAACCCGAAUCCAAAAGAAACAGCAGUUCUUCCCUCACUGAACCAAGAGAACAGAGUGCUUGAUCCUAAAAAGUCGCAAAAUAUUGCAAUCUCGCUAAGGGCACUCAAUGUGACCAUAGAGGAAGUUUGCGAAGCUUUAUUAGAAGGAAACUCGGAUGCUCUUGGAACUGAAUUACUUGAAAGUCUAAUGAAGAUGGCUCCAACCAAAGAAGAAGAACGUAAGCUGAAGGAAUACAAAGACGACUCACCAGUUAAGCUUGGUCCUGCCGAGAGAUUUUUGAAAGAGCUGCUUGACGUUCCUUUUGCAUUUAGAAGGAUUGAUGCAAUGCUUUACGUGACUAAUUUUGAGUCUGAGAUCGAGUACCUUAAAAAAUCGUUUGAAACUCUGGAGGCUGCCUGUGAAGAAUUGAGAAACAGCAGGAUGUUCUUGAAGCUUCUGGAAGCUGUUCUAAAGACUGGAAACCGGAUGAAUGUUGGGACAAACCGUGGUGAUGCCCAUGCCUUCAAACUGGACACACUCCUCAAGCUGGUUGACGUCAAGGGGGCAGAUGGGAAAACAACACUCCUGCAUUUUGUCGUACAAGAAAUCAUAAGAACAGAAGGUGCUCGUCUCACCGGUGGCAAUCAAACUUCAAACCCAACUUUGAGUGAUGAUGUCAAGUGCAGGAGGCUUGGCCUGCAAGUUGUUUCAGCUCUCAGUUCAGACCUCAGUAAUGUGAAGAAAGCUGCUGCCAUGGAUUUUGAUGUGCUUAGCAGUGAUGUUUCCAAGCUUUCUAAAGGAAUUAGCAACAUCGCAGAGGUUGUGCAAUUGAAUGAGACAACAGUAUCAGAUGACAGCAGGCGGAAAUUCUCAGAGUCAAUGAACAUGUUCAUGAAAUUGGCUGAAGAGGAGAUUAUAAGACUUCAAGCUCAAGAAAGUGUUGCACUGUCCCUGGUGAAGGAGAUUACAGAGUACUUCCAUGGAAACUCCGCUAGGGAAGAAGCUCACCCGUUUAGAAUCUUCACGGUGGUCAGAGACUUUCUUACAGUUCUUGAUCGGGUAUGCAAGGAAGUUGGUAUGAUAAAUGAGCGAACACAAGUUAGUACCGCCCACAAAUUUCCAGUUCCGGUAAAUCCAAUGCUACCACAAAUAGUUCCAGUAAAUCCAAUGCUGCCACAAGUAGUUCCAGUAAAUCCAAUGCCACCACAAGUACUUCCUGGAAUUCAUGGGUUAAGGCGGUACAGUUCGUCCGAUGAUGAGAGCACAGCUCCGUAGUUUCUGCAGCCCAUUUCAGGAUGACUUUUUGGUUCGAUUUGGUAAAACCGCCUGAAGUAGGCGGUUUGAACAGCUUGCAACUGCAUGCCAGGUUUAUGUUAUAUAUAGCUUCAGGUUCCCCCCCCCCACCCCCCAAAUUGUGUACUUGUAAAAAUUCAUGUAAGCGAUUUUGCGUUCUAUAGAUUAUAUACAGAGGAGGAGAUUUUAUCUGGGAAGAAUAAGUUGUAAUUCAGACUAGAUAGUUUCUGGGAAGAUCAGUCAUGCAGCUUAUUCUUGACUGUAGACAGUUUAUGUAAAUGUUCUGAAUUGUAUCAAACCACUAAUUUACUCUCUAUAACUCUUUUACAGUUAUUUA